GCAACGAUGACGAAACUUUCACACCACACCUGCACCAAACACGCCCGCCUCUCUCUCUCUCUCCCUCAAUUUCUGAAAAAAAAAAAAAACAACAGAUGCAUCUUCUUUUCCCUUAAGAAAUAAGAAUCGAGACUUUUAAAGAAACGUUUUUUUUUUCUCUUCAGCCAAACACGCCAUACUAUCAUCACCACUACGGAAUUUUCCUGCAGCCGGAAGAUCGGAGACAAUUUUCCGGCAAAUUUGGUGGCUGAAAAAGAAAUGGUGUCCCCAGAAAACACGAAUUGGCUGAUAGAGUAUGGAUUGAUCGAUGAUAUUCCUGUUCCUGAUGCCAAUUUCUCUGUUCCUGUUACUGGUUUCUCGUGGCCUGUCCAAACCCUAAAUGGGUCUUCUAAUGUCAGUGUGGAAAUUGAUGGAUCAUUUGGGAAUGCUGACACCCAGAAGGACUCCACUUCCAAGAAGAGGGGUAGAUCUGACUCAUGUGCUUCUAGCUCCAAAGCAUGUAGGGAAAAGUUGCGGAGGGAUAGACUAAAUGACAAGUUUUUGGAGUUGGGCUCUAUCUUGGAGCCUGGAAGACCUCCUAAAACAGACAAGGCUGCUAUUUUGAUUGACGCUGUCCGAAUGGUGACUCAGCUGCGAGGUGAAGCGCAGAAGCUGAAGGACUCAAAUUCAAGUCUUCAGGAGAAGAUCAAAGAGUUGAAGGCUGAAAAGAAUGAACUUCGUGAUGAGAAGCAGAGGCUAAAGGUGGAAAAGGAGAAGUUAGAGCAGCAGCUGAAAGCCGUGAAUGCACAACCAAGCUUCUUGCCUCCACCUCCUGCAAUUCCUGCACCAUUUGCUGCCCAAGGCCAAGCACCUGGAAAUAAGUUAGUGCCUUUCAUUGGAUACCCAGGAGUAGCCAUGUGGCAGUUUAUGCCACCUGCUGCAGUGGAUACCUCUCAAGAUCAUGUGCUCCGUCCUCCUGUUGCUUAAGUUAGCAACCUAAAAAUGCAUUGGUUUGCAUUUUGCACCAAACAAAUGUAUUCAUUUUGUCAACGUGUUCUCGUCUGCGUUAGUUUUUUAUGGAGUCCUCUAACUGGAUAUUGGUGGGUGACUGAAAGUAUUUGCAAUCUGGAUUUCUAUGUUUCA